AUGAAGACUCCACCGAACUCUGAGGAUGAGUUAGAGGAGGUUGAGUCAGAUGAGGUGUUUUCGGUAUUUAGGGACGGAGAAAGGUUUAGUGAGCUUAAACUAGAGGUUGGGAUGAAAUUUAAUUCGAAGAUAGAAUUCAAGGAAGCUGUUCGUGAGUACUGUAUCCAGGAGGGAAGGCGGAUCUGGUGGAAGAAGAAUGACAGUUUAAGGAUGAGGGUUGUGUGUAAGGGAGAGGACUGUGGCUGGGUAGUAUAUGCUUCCAAGGACAGUGAGGGUAACUGCUGGCAGAUCAAGACAUUUAUGGACGAUCACACUUGUCCUAGAGAGACUAAGAACAGGCUAGCUAAUAGGAAGUGGCCAGGUUGCAAACUGGUUAGGAAAUUAAGAAAAUAUCCUAACUUUAAACAUUAUGAAGUUGCACAGUACUUUAAGAGCAAGUGCGACUUGGACCUCAACAAGUCUUCACUGACAAGGGCUCUAGGGGAUGCUAGGGUCAUAGUUUAUGGAGAUGCUGCUGCUCAGUAUGGUAUGGUUAGGGAUUACGGGUUGACAUUACUGAAAACUAAUCCUGCCUCCACUGUUAGUAUUGGUGUUAGACCUCAUCCCAAUCCUGAUGAAGAUCCAAAUGGCCAAAGACUUCAUGGAGCAAGGCAUUCUUCAGCAGUGCACCUAAAAUGGACAACAUCUGUAAUAAUGCAUGUGAGGUUUUCAACUCACGAAUUAAAGAACCUAGAGCCAAACCUAUUAUCACACUGUUGGAGGAGGUCAGGAUAUUAUAAAAUAUUUGAAUUUCAUGGGUGGCCUACAAAUAUGGCUGUGGACUUAGGCAAGAGAUCAUGCACCUGUGGUUUUUGGCAGCUAAGUGGGAUGCCAUGUGUGCAUGCAUGUACCGCUUUGGCCAGGGCUGGUAGAAGGCCAGAUGAAUUCUGUCAUAACUGGUUGACCAUAGAAGCAUACAACAACACUUAUGCCUUCCAUAUAAAUCCAACCCCUGGCCAGGAACUGUGGGAGAAAUCACCACAUAAUAGACCUCAAGCACCAAAGUUCAAGAAGAAGCCAGGGCCAAUUAAGAAGAAAAAAAGAAAGGAUGUUGAUGAGGAGCCAAGUAGAGGUAAGAAGCAGAAGACCUCCAUGAAAAGAGUUUAUAAAAAAGGACAUUGUCGCUAUUGUGGCGAAUCAGGUCACACAAAGAGGAAUUGUCAUAAGAGGGCCGUUGACGAAGAAUCAGCUGCUGUUGCGGCGGCUGCUACUGCUAAUUCUGAUGCUAAUGGAGUUGAGGUCAACAAUUCUGCUCCAACUGCUGCUGUAAAUGGUGGUGAUGCCCCAGCUGUGUCACAGAAUCAGGUCGAGAUUCAGCUUGAUCUUAGUCAGCCUAUUUUGUCAGAAACUGAUGACUCGCAACAGGUUGGUAAUAUUACGUACCCAUAUAUAUACAUGUAUAUUCCACUCUUUUAA